AUGGGUCACCUCUCCAGCGCUUGGAUUCUUCUUUUAAUAUAUAUCACGCGCGAAAUCAAACAUCCUAUAAACAACAUCGACGGUCUAUAUAAGUCCGUAGAGUACACUGUCCUACGUCGAAUAUAUUACGACCCUCCGAAAGGGGAAAGAACAGUAUUCAUCAUUUUAAAAUUAUCUUUGAACUCUCUACAGCGAUCUAUGCCUGAAGAGGAAGUUGAUAACAAGAAGCCAUCUGAGAUUAGCAGUUUCCAUCACAUGAUCAGCAGUAAAAAUGUGUUGAAUAUGGAAACAGUUGAGGUGAGCAAGAAGAGGAAGUUCCAGACAGAUCAAUCGGAGUUAUCAUUAUUACCUUUGUCCAAACAUGCUUGUUUUGACAAUACGGCUUGUUCAGACAAUACCAAUGCCAAAUCAGAGCUUGAUUCAGAGUGUUCAGUGUCAUGUCUGAACGCAACUUCUAUGGAAUGUGAAAAUGAGACUGAGAUGAAAGAGGAAUCAUCUGGAUCUUGCAGUGAAGACAAGAUGAUCUCCUUUGAAAGCCAUCUGGAUUUCAUAUAUGGCACACAAAACCUGGAGGAUUUUUCAGACAAAGACAUUGAAAACAUUCUCUACCUUGACGAAGAAGAAGAAGAAGAAGAAGAAGAAGAUGAUGAAGCUAGAGGCUGUAGUAAUGCUGCUAACUAUGUUCUGUCCUCUGGGAGAUGGACUGUUGACCAAGAUUCUACUCAGCAUGUUAUUAAGAAGCCUACGAUUGAUCAAGAAUUCGAGCAAUACUUCUCAACGCUUAUGCUGUGACGAAAUAUUGUUAGACUCAAAAACAUAUAUGGAGAUGUAUAUAGAGAGCUGUAUUGAUUAUGUAGUCUCUUAUGGUUUUCAUUCUUGUGAACAAUAAAACCUUCAUCUCAAAGUGAUUAGAGAAGUUUUUUUAA